UUUCUUUCGGCCCCUCUAGUCAUGGCCUGGUGAUUAUUCUCAGGUGUAGGUUAAUAGAGCUAGUCGCAGCUCAAGGGAAACGAAUCGCCGGGUGCGAUUAAUCAAUCUGCCCGCCUCUACCACGCAAUCCCUCCACCGUGUCCCAGUCGCAUUAGGACAAUCGCAGAACGACUCUGUGCAUGGCUUCUUCGCCUGUGAAAGAGACAUAAUAUAUUUAUCAAGUUUUCGCUAGGGGACUUUCCUGGCAAGAAUGACGCGAUGAUUCCCGUCUUUCUUUUUGCACUCAUCCUCGUCGCCUUGUCCUCACUUGGCUCCGCGGCCGCAGACUACCACGAGAACCUCACCCUCCAACCACUUCCGCCAUCUUCUCUAUUAGCAUCGUUCAAUUUUCGAAGCAACACCACGCAGAAGUCCUUUGACAAGCGACAUUUCCGAUACUUUCCUCGUGCAUUGGGCCAGAUCUUGCAACAUGCGAACACUCGCGAGCUUCAUCUACGAUUUACAACCGGAAGAUGGGAUGCCGAAAGUUGGGGAUCGCGACCCUGGGAUGGAUUCAAGGAAGGGGGCACAGGAGUGGAACUUUGGGCGUGGAUUGAUGCUCCCAAUGAAGAGAUAGCAUUUGCGAAAUGGAUUACCCUAACACAGUCGUUGUCAGGACUUUUCUGCGCGUCCUUGAAUUUCAUAGAUUCAACGAAGACUACUCGACCAGUUGCUUCAUUUGAACCCACUGGAGAUCACCUUGUCAGCGAUAAUCUCCACCUCCUGCACGGAACACUUCCUGGAGAGGUGGUCUGUACAGAGAACCUGACCCCUUUCCUGAAGCUUCUACCCUGUAAAGGCAAGGCAGGAGUUGCAAGCUUACUUGAUGGGCACAAGUUGUUUGAUGCCGCCUGGCAAAGCAUGUCGGUUGAUGUGCGCCCGAUCUGUCAGGGAGUAGACGAAUGCCUGGUUGAAAUUGACCAGACAGUGGAUAUUGCUCUGGACAUUGACAGGUCGAAACGGCCAAGGGGUGACCAAAUCCCACGACCAGUUCACACGGACCAGCUUGUUUGUGAUACUUCCAAACCCUACCAUUCAUCAGACACAUGCUACCCUCUCGAGAAGACCUCCGAAAAGGGUUGGAGUAUCACAGAAAUAUUCGGCCGCACUAUUAGUGGCUCUUGUCCCUUGACUGACGGGCAGGGUACCAGCGACGAGACUGUCUGCCUUCGUGUCUCCCCCGAACGAGAAGUACAACCCUCACAAGGCGUUGUGGAAACGAAGUCCUCUGAUGGGUUCAAUCGCUGCUUUACAUUACAGCCAUCUACGGAAUUCGACCUGACGAUCCUGGAACAGGAAGUUACCCACCCUGUACCUCUGGACGAGCCUGUUCUUCACGCGGAGAGGACGAUUGUCGGACAUGGGCAGGAAAGGGGUGGUAUGCGGAUCAUAUUUGAAAACCCCUCUGAUAGCGAGCCGGUCGAUUUCAUCUACUUUGAAGCUCUCCCCUGGUUCCUACGGCCCUACAUGCACACCCUUCAAUCAACAAUCACGGGGCGUGACGGAAUCCGUCGACAGAUCCCGACUUCGGAAAUUAUCAAGGAAGCGUUUUAUCGCCCAGAAAUUGACCGAGAGCGUGGUACACAGCUGGAACUCGCCCUAUCUGUGCCGCCCGCUUCUACAGUCACGCUUACGUAUGACUUUGAGAAAGCGAUCCUCCGUUAUACAGAAUACCCCCCUGAUGCCAAUCGGGGUUUCAACGUUGCCCCCGCAGUGAUCAAGAUCGGGAGACAUGAUGAUGCCCAGGCACAACCCAUUUAUAUCCGCACGACUAGCCUUCUUCUGCCAUUACCGACCCCCGACUUCAGUAUGCCAUAUAAUGUGAUUAUUCUUACCAGCACCGUUAUCGCACUUGCCUUUGGAAGCAUUUUCAACCUGCUGGUCCGACGCUUCGUGACUCUCGAUGAGGCUGCCGCUCUGACGGCGCAGACCCUGAAAGGUCGGCUAACCGGUCAGAUAGUCGCCCUACGUGAUAGGAUCCGUGGAAAGAAUUCCAAGGUUGAGUGAACCCAUUUAUACUCGAUAUUCAAAGAAAACGCACAUGUACAUUAUCAAGGUUGAUCUGCUCGUGUCGAAGCAUGGGAUAGUCAUGAAUCAUUCCUACUUAAUAAUUAUCAAAUAUCACCAACAGCAGCGGUCGAAGCAUGGGGUAUGAUUUAUGUAGGUAGAUGAAUUUGGUUUCUGAAGAAAUACAAAACGAAUGGGAUGUGAAUUUUAUCAAGCCAUAACAAGAGGAAUGGACUUGGUGGUAUCCUCACAGACACAGCAUUUUUGGGGGGGGAAUAAACAUGAACAAUCUGCGUUAAAUCAUAAACAUCCGGGG